AUGAACAUCAUCCAGCUCGUCUGCAAAUGGACUUCAACGCCCUUCGUCAACGUCAUCGACUCCUUGCCAACUCCAAUAUGGGCAGUUCCCUUUCCAAGCGUUGUUUUAUGCCCACAUCUCCAUGUGAAACUAUCUCAUGCCAAUGUUUCUGAACUUAACGGUGUCGAGCGAUUUUUCGCAUCCUUAGUUUGUCCCCAAAUGAACCCAGACGAUAAAUUAUACUCGAGGUCACAUCGUUUAAAUGCUUUAGAAAACAAUAGGUUGCAGGAUUUCAUUUUAAAGGGAUCUCCUACUUGCGAAGAUUUGGUCAAGGUGUGCCAUUGGCGUUCAGGGUAUGAUGCUGAAUGGUUCCAGAAGGACUGCUGUGAGAAACUCCUGAAACCCAUCUUCACUGAUUACGGCCUCUGCUAUACGUUUAACAGCCUGCCAUUAAACGGAAUGACAAAUGAAACAAUAUCCUGGCAAAGAUCAUUUAACCGCUUAGCGUCUUCUGAUACCCUUGAGUGGGAUCUGGAUGGAGGAUACCCGAAGGUAUUUCCUCCAAAACCUGGCACCUUACCCUUUAGAGUCAUGGCGUCUGGGGAAGUAAACGGGUUAGGCAUUGAACUUUAUCUGAAUACUUCUGAACAUCAAUACGAUUGUGAUGGACAUAACGUGGGAUUUAAUAUAUUAAUAAGUUCACCAACUGAUCAUGUCUACACCAGCACGAUACUGCGACUUCCCAUGGACCGAAUGACUACCAUCGAAGUGUCAGCCAUAACGUAUAAAACCGAUGGCUCUUUACGCGCAUUAUCACCAGAUCAAAGGCAGUGUUUCUUUCAAAAUGAAAGAAAGUUACACUUUUAUGAAUUUUACACAGAUACUAACUGUAAAUUGGAUUUGAGGAUUCGAGAGACGAUGAAGCAAUGCAACUGUAUUUUGUAUAACUGGCCUACGAAGGUUGGUGAACAACUAAUAUAUGCGUACUACGCAGACAGUGAGGAACAAAGGCAGCCACAUGAAGACGCAACAUCGUGCUACCCCGCGUGUAACGAUGUGCUAUAUUCCACCCAAGUAUAUUACUCUGACCUCAUCAAAGAUCCCGCUUAUGGGAGUUCUGAUUAUAGAAAUAAGACAGGAGAAAGAACUCAUAUAAACGUCCAUUUCUAUAAUGACAUGUUCUUGGGUCAACAUCGCCACGCCCAAUACGAUGAUUAUUAUUUUGCAGGUGCAAUAGGAGGCCUUCUCAGCUUGUUUUUAGGCUUCAGCAUUAUCAGUGUUGCGGAAUUAGUCUACUUUGUACUGUUAAAACCCAUUCAUAUAGCUUUUAAAGAAACUUUUUAUGGAAAUCACGCACUAAUU